GUUAUGCAACACGUGUACAGCGCUGAAUAGCUGCAAAUGAAAAAGGUUCCAGAAUAAUAUAAGAAUUGAAGAAAAAGGAAAGUGCCCAAAUGAAUCCGCAAGACGACGGCGGCCAUUAGAAAUAGUCGCUGCCAAGAAACACUCCAAGGAAACCGUCUUGUGCGUGUGCGUAUGUGCCAAAGGUGUUUCUCCGGGACGCGUGCGCCGAUGACGCUAUGUACGAGGUCGCGACACUGACCGGCAGCAGCAAACUAUUACUUCUAGACGCGUACCAGGCGUACACACUCGACGCUCGUGGUGGUCUCUCGGUGGGGGGUGCGGAAGAAGCGGGCUGCUACAUCAUGGGUCAGUCUUCGUCCUCCGGGACGGCGGCCGGCAGCAGCAACAACAACAACAAUGGCAGCAGCCAUGGGACGGCGGCGGGCCGGAAUGGGAAGAAGAUGUACCACCGGCACAGUUCGGUUCAGCCGGCCCUCGCCAGCAUACGGUUGCUGAAGAAGGAGAACUCGUUCACGGUCGGUGGAAGUGGCAAGGACGGGGGUAGUGGGGGUAGCGGAGGCCGAUUGCUGCGGGACUCGAUGGUGAAGGCGCGCACGGAGAGUAAGAACAUCGACCAGUACGGGUUGCUACUGACGAAUGGUGGUGCGGGGACGGCCGUUCCGACGACGAACGGAGCGACGGCCGCCUCCCAGGCCACGACGGCAAGCAACGAACUGACGACUCUGCUUUCGUCCGCCGCCGACGUCGACCGCUCGUCGACAUCGGUCGUGGGGGCGGGAACGAACGGAGGGACCAGCAGUAGCAAGGAGUUUUUCAAGUCGGGCGACGACACGUACCACCGCACGGACUGCUGCUACUAUCGCACGAUGGACAACGGCUACCACAAGCUGCCCUCCGACUCGUACCACAAGACGACCGAGGGUUGCUACGUGAAGAUGGCCGACGGGAGCUUCCGGCGGUUGGAUUACGCCGGGGAGGCAGGGGGCAGCGCGACGACCGUCGAGGCCGAUCCAGUGGCCACGCCAGCGGUCCAAUACCGGGUGCGCAAUCCGAUGAUGAAGUUCCUGAAGCGCUCCAAGUCCCAUACGCCCGCCACGAUCGCGCAGUUGGCGAAGGAGAAGGAACAGCGCGAGAAGAAAGCGGCGGGUGCGGCGCACCACCAUCGCCUUAGUACGAUCCAGUCUUCGGAGGCCGAAGCAGCGGCGGCUGCAGCGGCCGCAGCAGCACUCCUGCAGCAUGCCACACACCACCACCACCAUCACCACCAACAGUCGCAGCAUCAACAGCAGCACUCGAAAGCGGUGGCCACGACUCCGUCCGCCUCCCUGCUGGUGUCUCAGCCUGCCAAUCUCACCAACGGUCAGUACGCGAAUCAGUCCCACCACUCGCACCACCACCAUCAUCACCCGCACCAGCAACAACAUCCGCCGUCGGCGUCAUCGAUCGUGGAGUCGUCCGGCUCGAACGCCGCCGGCAAGCAGCAGCAAUCCAGUUCCACCGCCGCCGUGCCAGCAGCUGCGCACCAGAACCGCCGGGUGAUGGUGACGAUGAUCGAUGGUGGGCUGCCAGUGGUGGCCAAGAGCAAGCCCAUCCACGACAAACCCAAAAGUGCCAAAGCCCGCGUCCAGGAUGUCAAGAGGGACAAGGGUUCACCAAAUAUGCAAAUGCGCGGUACGCCGGCACGAUGGCGGUCGGGCGAGGAGCACAUCGGCAAGUACAAGCUUCUCAAAACCAUCGGCAAGGGAAACUUUGCGAAGGUAAAACUGGCGAAGCACGUCCCCACGAACAAAGAGGUCGCCAUCAAGAUCAUCGAUAAGACCCAGCUGAAUCCUUCUUCGCUGCAGAAGCUAUACCGGGAGGUACGGAUAAUGAAAAUGCUCGAUCAUCCGAACAUCGUGAAGCUGUUUCAGGUGAUCGAGACGGAGAAAACGCUUUACUUGGUAAUGGAGUACGCGUCCGGUGGUGAAGUGUUUGACUAUCUCGUAGCCCACGGUAAAAUGAAAGAAAAAGAAGCCCGCGCCAAGUUCCGACAAAUCGUAUCCGCCGUACAAUACUGCCAUCAGAAGCGAAUUAUACACAGAGAUUUGAAAGCGGAAAAUCUUUUGCUCGAUAGCGAGAUGAACAUCAAGAUAGCGGAUUUCGGUUUUUCGAACGAGUUUACCCCCGGCUCGAAACUAGAUACGUUCUGCGGCUCGCCACCGUACGCUGCACCUGAACUGUUUCAGGGCCGCAAGUACGAUGGUCCAGAGGUAGACGUGUGGUCGCUGGGUGUGAUUCUAUACACGCUGGUCAGCGGGUCACUGCCAUUCGACGGGGCCACGCUGAAAGAGCUGCGCGAGCGCGUGCUGCGGGGAAAGUAUCGCAUUCCCUUCUACAUGUCGACCGAUUGUGAGGUCCUGCUGAAGAAGUUCCUCGUUCUGAACCCAUCGAAGCGUGCCAGCCUCGAAACCAUCAUGAAAGACAAAUGGAUGAACAUGGGUUACGAGGAUGAUGAACUGAAGCCGUACAUCGAACCGUUGCCCGAUCUUAAAGAUCAGAAACGGAUAGGUAAGACGGAAGCGUUAGUCGCGAUGGGCUACAAUAGGCAAGAUAUUGAAGAUUCAUUGGCAAACACCAUGUACGAUGACGUAUUCGCAACUUAUCUACUGCUUGGAAGAAAAAGCACCGACUCCGAGUCGGACGGCUCCCGGUCCGGAUCGUCCCUGUCGUUACGUAACAUUGCCGGCAACGAGGGUGCCGCAGCCGGUAACUCCCAGGUGCAAAGCCCUACGCAUCGCGGCGUGCACCGAAGCAUAUCCGCGUCCAGCACGAAGCCAAGCCGACGAGCUUCCAGCGGUGGAGAAACUCUACAAAUCUUUCAACGCUUCAUUACAGGCGUCGGUCCCACGACGGCCGUGGCCGCAGCGGCGGCGGCCGCCGCCGUUGGUGCUGGCGGUGGUGGUGGCGGAGGUGGAGGUGGAGGUGCGGGUACUGGCGGUGUCGCCAACAUUGUAUCGGCAGGCGGGGCAGCUGGUACGGUGGUCGGUGGUGGUGCCGGAGGUGGUACGACUGGCGUCACUGGCAACAGCGUCCUCGGCGGGCCCAACAGCAAUCACAACUCGGGCAUUGGCAGUGGCAGUAGUGCAUCUGAAAGAACAUCAAUUAGCAGUAACUUCAAGCGUCAGAACACAAUCGACUCAGCGACGAUCAAGGAAAAUACGGCCAGAUUGGCCGCUCAAAACCAGAGACCGGCAUCGAGCAUAACUAAACCGAUAGCCUCGGUAGAAAACUCAUCGAUCUCCAGCCCGGCAAAAGCGCGUACUACCAGCAGCAGUACCAGUACCAAGUAUGAUCCUAGCAAUGGCUCACGAACGGUAGGCCCCAGUGCCGGCUUUAUGCCCAGACGGUCAACGACGCUCUACGAGAAAACAUCGUCGACAGAAAAGACAAAUUCCACCACGGACCCAACGUAAGUGUCCAACAGUUUCGUCGCACCAAUUCCCGAAUUCAACCGUGGCAACCCGACAUCGACAACCGCCAGUGGUGGUGGUGGUGGCGGUGGUAACGGUGGCGCGGUUGCUGGCAGUGGCAUUAACACCACCGGAACAGCAGCCAACAUCGGAAGCACAUCCAGCACCACCGGAACCACCAACGGCAGUGGUACAGCCAACAGUGGCGGUGGUGUUAGUGGUGGUGCCGGCGGUGUUGGCCAAGGUGGUGGUGGUGUUGGAAGCGUCGGUGGCGGUGGUAGUAGCGUUGGAGGCGGCGGCGGUACUGGUAAAGGACAUGUAAAGAGCGCAUCUGUCUCAAGUCCCGGACCGUCGGCCGAUAGUACUACCAAUAAUGCCGCCAGCAACGAUCCCCUCAGACAAAGUUCCAUGGUGAAUCGCAAUAGUCUUACACCAGCCGUUACUUCUUCCAGACAACCGGUUGCAUUUCCCAGGAAUGUUCCGUCGCGAUCGACUUUCCAUUCGGGCCAAACUAGAUCCCGAAAUAGCACAGUGUACGCCGGAGCUGGUGGGAACGUCGGUGAUUCGCCACACUCUGGCAAGACUUUCUUGCAAAGACUUACAACCAGGUUUAGCAAACGGCCCAACGAAGGCCAAGCAAAUACUUCAACAAAUUCGGCUAGUGGAUCAAACACGGAGGAACCAGUGAAACCACGUGUGUUGCGUUUCACGUGGUCCAUGAAGACAACAUCCCCCCGAUUACCGGACGAGAUUAUGGCCGAAAUUCGGUCCGUGCUGGACAAGAACAAUUGUGAUUAUGAGCAGCGUGAACGGUUCGUUCUGCUGUGUGUACAUGGAGACCCGAACACCGAUUCACUGGUUCAGUGGGAAAUCGAGGUCUGCAAGCUUCCCCGGCUAUCGCUCAAUGGCGUUCGAUUCAAGAGAAUAUCGGGCACCAGCAUCGGAUUCAAGAACAUCGCGUCAAAGAUCGCGUAUGAUCUACGUCUGUGACUCGAUACAAAAUCGGAAGAGUAUCACUCGGUCGGGAGCGAUACGCCCCAGGAUGAUAGCGGUCAAGGCGAUGACGAUGGUAGCGAUGGUGGCGCUGGCGGCGGCGGAUGCGGUGGUACCGAUAGUGUCGGUGGCGUCGCAGAAACGCAGUCCGAUCCAGAGCAAAAGCACGGCAGUGAAACUCGAAACGAACAGAAAGAAGGCGGCAGCAGAGGAGGAGAUGAUGUAAAGGAAAGGGAAAGUAACGGCAAGAAAGCACUGGGGGUUGCGAUCGGUGAAGCAGAUGCGGUUAGGAUUCGAUCAAAACACUCCACGAACACUCCGAACAAGCGAUGGUCACUGGUGGUCGUGGAUGGGAGGUCCUCGAUGCGUUGCAAGGAUAAAAAUAAGAGCAAUCAACAGCACCAAUACCAUCACCAUCCCCACCGACACCACCUGCACCAACAGGAGCAUCGCCAACAGGGUACUCCAAAAGUGGAUAGUUUUACAAAAGAUUCUUCUGCGCACUUGGAAGAAGGUAAUGAGCGAUGUUCUACACCGGAAAAAAUCGCUGGCUAUAACCAUAUUUUCGCUUCCCUGUUGCGGACCACUACACUCUAGAACGUGACGCCGCGACGGAUGCUCUCCUGAAGGGAUAAAACUUGAGUGCCGCGAGCAUUUUCGGGAAGGAUCGAAGGAAACAAACAAAACUUUUGACUGUUAGUUAAAUCAAUUAUAGUUGUACUACCUGGAAACGCACGCAUGUAAGCGACUGUUUUUAGAGACAUGUUGCUGAACAUGCAAAUGAACGUUGUAAGUAAUGCAUUGAUGGUGAAACAGCAACAGGAUGUGAAGGACGAGUAAUUUGUACGCCAAUAGAGUAGGUGUAUUCUUUUCCGUUGAUCAGGAAGCAAACAUUUUCUAACUCAACUGCAAAAACACUUGCCUUCUCAAUAGAAAAAGAAAAAGAAAAUAAAGAUAAAAAGCAAGGAAAAUAUAAACGUCCUUAAGCACAUACUUAAGCAAAAAGAAACAAGUUCUGCUAAAGCCUGUCUCGAGGUCGGCAUGAAAUGAAACUUUACGUAUGAAAAAGCUGUAAUCUCAGAUUGAUGAUGGAGAUACAAUGCAAAAGAAUGGUGAGGAGAAACGAAGACGACUAAUCCUAUCAAUAAGCACACCAGCAGCCUAAAAAACCCUCAAGUAGAGAACCGAAAUCUGUGUGCACGUCAAGCGCAAAAUUAAACGACGAAAAAGCGGAAAACACACUAUUUUUACGGUGUAGAACAAAAACGUUUGCUAGAAGGAAGUCGUCAUGACAUUCUUAACCCAACGGACGGAUAUACGGUUAGACGCGGAGUAACGCGUCCAACAUGGGAUAUCAACGCCGCCGUGACUGAUUUUACUUAUCACUGAUUAAAUGGAACGAUGUCUAUGAACCUUCUACCCAUUUUAUCGUAGCUCCCGUAGGUCUCACUUUUACACUGCGUCACCAGCAUAAUCUCGCGAGCGAAGGCAACACAAAAAAAAAAAAAAAAUAAGAAAAAGAGAGCUAUCACUCAUUCGUAUCAUACUGCAUCCU